UAGUAUCCAGCACACAAAUCUCACACAAUUUUCAAGUACUUGUAAGCACAGCCACUGCACAGAAGCAACCCAACCAUCACCAUGGCUCACUACCAGGAGGUGGACUACUGCUCGGAGGAGGUGAGGUCGGUGGCCAGCCCGGCCGGCUUCGGCCGCCACGGCGGCGUCCAGCAGCAGCACGUCGUCAGGGAGAAGUUCGAGGAGGUCGAUAAGGUGUCACGCACCGGAAGUCACGGCCGCCACCACCACCACGGCCACGGCGGCUCCGGCCACUUCGUGGUGCGCGAGACCAAGGUCGAGGAGGACAUCAACACCUGCACCGGCGAGUUCCACGAGCGCAAGGAGACCUUCGUCGUCAGCUCCGACUGAUCAGCUGCUUCACGCGGGCUCCAUCGACGACGACGCACGUAUCUGGAUUGGACCGGAGGCACGUAUCGCAUACGUACGCGUGCGUGCUCCCCGUAUGUAUGAUGUACAAAAUUUGUGUGCAAGGUCUACCGUAUCCGCGUACUAGCUUUGAGGGCGUGCAUACGCACCCAGUCUCUGUACGUUCUACCAAAAUAAGCUCGUGACCUGAAUAAAGCUUCUCCGAACGAAGUACAUGUAUGA